AUGGCCGCGGCCGCGGCGGGUGGAGCCCCGCCGGCCCCCGGCGCCGCCGCCAGGGCCCCGCCGCCCGCCGGCCCCGGCCCCGGCCCCGCCGCCAGGGCCCCGCCGCAGGCGCUGCGGAGGCGCGGGGACUCGCGGCGACGCCAGGCCGCGCUCUUCUUCCUCAACAACAUCUCCCUGGACGGGCGGCCCCCGAGCCUGGGCCCGGGCGGCGAGAAGCCCCCGCCGCCGCCGCCGCCCGCCGAGGCCCGCGAGCCGCCCGCGCCGCCGCCGCCCCCGCCGCCCGCCGUGCUGCCCGCGCCCGCGGGCCGGCCGUCGGCGCCCCAGGGCCUGCUCAGCCCCGCGCCCGCGCCCCCCGCCGGCCUGGGCCUCGGCCUGGGCCUGGGCCUGGACGGGCAGCGCCAGAGAAGGAGAGUUGCCUCCCAGCGCUGCUCCCUUGAGUUUCUGGAAGAUGCAGUGGGAUGUGCCUCCGUCCAAAGAACCAAACACAUAUCUGGGUCCCCCAGACACAAAGGCCUGAAGAAGACUCACUUCAUCAAGAACAUGAGGCAGUAUGACACCAGGAAUAGCAGGAUUGUCCUGAUCUGUGCCAAGCGGUCCCUGUGUGCAGCCUUCUCGGUCCUGCCCUAUGGAGAAGGCCUGCGGGUCAGUGACCUGAGGGUGGACAGCCAGAAGCAGAGGCAUCCGUCUGGCGGCGUUUCCGUUCCUUCUGAGAUGGUCUUUGAGCUGGAAGGUGUUGAGCUGGGAGCAGAUGGAAAGGUUGUGUCUUAUGCCAAGUUCCUGUACCCCACCAAUGCCCUGGUCACACACAAGACUGAUGGCCAUGGCCUGCUGCCCCAGUCCCGGCCCAGCGUCCCCCGGGCUCUGCCUGGGUCAAGAUACAAACCUGCCCCUGCCAAGGCAGCAGCAGCCGGCCCGGAACUAGGGGCCGACGUGGGGGAUGCUCUGGAGUACAACCCCAACCUCCUGGACGACCCGCAGUGGCCCUGCGGCAAGCACAAGCGGGUCCUCAUCUUCGCGUCGUACAUGACCACGGUGAUAGAGUACGUGAAGCCCUCUGACCUCAAGAAGGACAUGAAUGAGACCUUCCGGGAGAAGUUCCCGCACAUCAAGCUGACGCUGAGCAAAAUUAGGAGUUUGAAACGGGAGAUGCGGAACCUCUCCGAGGAGUGCAGCCUGGAGCCUGUGACGGUGUCCAUGGCCUAUGUGUACUUUGAGAAGCUCGUCCUGCAGGGCAAGCUCAACAAGCAGAACCGCAAGCUGUGCGCGGGGGCGUGCGUGCUGCUCGCCGCCAAGAUCAGCAGCGACCUCCGCAAGAACGAAGUGAAGCAGCUCAUCGACAAGUUAGAAGAAAGGUUUCGCUUCAACAGACGGGAUCUCAUUGGCUUCGAGUUCACGGUGCUUGUGGCCUUGGAGCUCGCUCUCUAUCUCCCAGAAAACCAGGUGUUACCUCACUACAGACGCCUCACGCAGCAGUUCUAGCCGCAGCGGUCGCCGCUCAGGGGACGCGCUCCAAGCCACGGCGGCCCCGUGUGCGUUUGUGGGCCAGGGGGUAUCCCAGCCCCUGAAUGCGUGUCCCGGCCCCCUUGCUGCACCCGCCUAGUGAGGCUGCUGUGCAGCCCUCACACCCUCGCUCCCCUGGAGGGAUCCUGCUUUCAUUCCAGAAGGCACCAUGCCGCCACGGUAUUCUGAGAACCUUCCUGCAUUUCAUGAAGCAGCUGUGGGGUUUUGUUCCUGUUUCUUCCUUCUCACGUGCCUGAGCCUGCUGUGGCCAGAGGACCUGUGACUUGAAAGCGUGGGGGUGAGCCCUGACUGGCCUCUCUCCUGGCAUCACCUGGUUUGUGCAGCCUUGCAGCCACUGCACUGGCGCCACAGCAGGGACGGCUUCCAGAGCUCAGUGAACACACCGAGGCCACGGAAGUGGACGCACUGAAGGUUCACCUGGGCUGUUUCGGAUUUUGGAUGUGCAAACGCAGCGCUGUGGGGCACACCCCACCCCCAUGGCCUGGCUCCCUCCCAGCCCAGCAGAGCCCCUCCGGGUUUUCCACUCGACCCCACGUCCACAAGCAGAGCUCUGGCCUCAGGUUAAGCCAGCAAGGGCAGACUCAUGGUUGGUUUGAUGUCCAUUUUCACUCUCGGACCUCUGUUCUUCCAAGCAUCACGUCACUGUGAAGUCCGGGUGCACGAGUGUCGCACCCCACCGGCCUCGGCCCAGACACAAGCCCACCCCCGGGGGCCCAUGCUUGCCCGCUCACCAGGAAAAGUCUGCUUGCCUGUGACACUAGACCUUCAGGAUGACCACUGGCUCUUGGCUCUUGAUCUUCCUGAGCAAGUGUGAUGGGGGAAAACAGUGUAUUCAUUGUUGUUUAGGAUUUGGUCCUGUGAGUUGUUUUUAUUUUGAAGGAACAAAAAUUGGCUGAACGGGGUCUGCUGAAGUUGUGACUUGAAACCACACGUGAUCCUCAAGCGGGGAGACCACUCCACAGCCCCGCCCCUCAAAGGGUCAGCGUUGAUGCCUUUUUCUUCCUGGCAGGAGGUAGCAGCUGUCCUGCCCUGCAGCCAGUCCCACUGAGCAGACCCCAAGGAGCAGUCAUGGUCUUUUUGUGCAGCUCUGUGCCCGGUGUCAGCAGGCCCCUUCUCACCUCUCCCAGGUCUGUGUCCAGUUCUCCACUUGCGGCCCCAGCAGCAGCACUGGAGAACAGAGGACUGUUUUUUCCUUCAUGGGUCAGCUGGUCUCAAAAGUGACCAUGUUGGCUGGCCAUUACGCUGCUUCCCUACUGCUGUCCUUUAACCCAUCACUGGAGGGGCUGGGGAUAGCCCCAGCCCGUAGUCUGUCCGUGUGGACUGGUGCUUUGCAGGAAGGCCAGUUUUGCCCGUCACAGCCGUCGACCACCAGCACUCAGCCUGGGCCCCCUGGAGGCGUGCCACCUGCAGGCCUGCUCCCCGCACCCGCGUGCUGCUCCUUCUCCCUUGUCCACUUGCCCAGGCUGCGGGAGACUGCAGGAUGGAGGUCGAAGCCCAAGUCCACAUUCCUACCUUAUUUAUUGCAGUGCCUCCCCGUCCUCUCCAAGAUGGCCCUGACCCCACCUGCCCGCCGCCCCCCCGCCGUGGGAGGGGGCUGGAAGCUGCUAGCCCCGGGCAGCUUUCCUCUGGGAAGCACCCUGUCCUGCCAGCCCAGCAUCUCAAGGAUACCCCCAUCACAAGCCCUGUAAGGCACUGACUUCCAAAGUCUAUGUUCUGGUUUACAACUUAGCCUCGAAGGGCACAUCUCCGUGGGAAUUUCUAUAUACGGACGUUAGAAGAACGGCUGAUACGGUAAUUUAAGUUUGCAUAUUUAUGUGGUAAGAUUUAGUUGUUUACCAAACUCAUCUGUACCCUCCCCUCAGUGUGUCCUUUUUAACGCCAAGAGCUGCCACUGUGUGGUACUCAAGUCACUGCAGCAAAGCUAGUAUUUAAGGCAAACUUCAGCCUGACCCGGCAUCCUCUACAAGCCCAGAGCUCUGAGGUGUGUUCAAGGGUCUGGUGCCACUCUCUCAGCACCCAGUAGCUCUGGAUGUAAACGUGUGUUAAGCGACUAUCUGACCUUACCGUCCAGUCACGUGUCACCAAUGUGUUUGCAAAUGGUAACGGAUUUGUGCUUUGAAGUAAAAUGUGGUUUUGCAACAUA